UUUCAAUCUUUCUAAUCUCGUGUUAUACUAAGGCUUAGAACUUUAUUCUUAGAAAAUUGUUGUGAUACGCGGACAUUCGAAGCGGAUUUUUACAGGAUAAGAUAACUAGAUCUUGAAAAACAUUAUCGUGGUGCAGCGAUUUCAUACGAGCAGCUGUGUGGUCAUUAGACUUCGACUUAAACAAAAAAUAAGAAAGUAAACAUGUCUGUAACCGGAUUGCUACUUGAUGUUUCUGGUUCAAUGAAGAAUAACAUUGGAGGCGGUGUUGAAGAAGACGGCAAGCCGUGGGCACAAUCUAUUUUUUGCGCUAUUGAUGACCUUAUCAAACAUGAUCUUACGUCUGAGAAUCGAAUUUUUGCUAUAGGCUUUGGUGCAGAACAAACUGGCAGCCAGGUAUUUGAUAUUAUCUCAACACUUUAUGGGGACACGAGUAUGAUGACCACACAUGAACAGUCGGUUGACAAUGCACCUGCAAAGCGUGAUGACAUCAAUAAUAUCCUAGAUAUUCUCGAGCAGCAUGGAGCCCGCAACAUACGCACAUGGGUCUCUGUUGAGUUGAUUGAAAAAGUUAUUGAUUCACAUUUAAUCGCAAUAGCUUUGGACAGACUCAUGUCUGAGGAAGAAUUUCCAUCCAUAUUUGUACAAGAUAUUUUACCACCUGGUUGUCGGAAUAAAAGUCCAGCUUUUUGGCCAGCCGAAAUGUUUGAGGAUUUGGGUGUAUUUGCUUUCAGUUAUAUAGUACCGAAAGCUACGGAAAAGGAUAUCAAAACCAUUGUGGAAAAAACUGUCAAAUAUUUCAAAUCCAAGAAACGUUUGGUGAACGUGGGAUCUCACUCUAUAUACAGCGUGCAAGAUGCUUCCCGCAUUAUCCGUGGUUGCGUUGGUGAAAAGGAAGUUAGCGAACUUUCUGAGGAACGCAAAAAAGAAUUGCUUGAACAAAUCGAGCCGUAUAUUUAUGGAGGAACCCCGUUAUUCGAAUCCCUCGAGAAAGCAACAAGACUUUUUGAACAAACUACUGCUGAGAACAAGCUGCUUUUUGUGCUGUCAGAUGGAGAACCUGCAGACGGCAGGCAUUUUCUCAGUGUGGAGCAUUUCACCUCCAGAUUAGCACGAGCUGGCGUAUACAUAGUAUCUUGUUACAUCACAGAAACCACAGAUAUUUCUGCAAAGCACUUGUACGAUGAGAUGGAUGGUAAUUGGGAAAUUGGGGCGAAGUUUCUGUUUUCCUUGAGCUCUAAACUGCUUACACAGGAUCUGCCACUGGGAUUCCUAAUCAAGAAUGAUUGGAAGAUCGACAUCGACAAGAAUGAAACAAACUUGUUUAUUCAAGCCAAUCAUCCUGAUAACCUAAGGGAAGCAUGUAGAAUGGCCAAAGAAGUUGUCGGUUCGGCUGACACAUUAUCUGAAUUGCUAGUAUCUGUUGACCUCGACAUCUACAUUAGAGAUUGCACGAGAGAUAUGGAGGCGGAGGAGCAAAUCUUAAAUCAAAAUACUUGCUAUGCGUUUGCGUCAGCUGCUGUGCUUCAUUUAAGAAUGCAAGGAGUUUACGGUCCGGAGGGAGUUUAUCCUGAGUUUGACAUGUUGAAAGAUGAAAUGAUCGCAGCCCAUGGUGUCAAUGGUGCUAACACCGGUGAUGUUCUGCAAAAAAUAUGCGAGAAGUAUGGUUUUAAAUGCGAAAAAGUCUUCAAGGUUAACAAAGCAAAGAAAGCCAUUGUCGAGAAGCGUCCUGUGGUAGCAACAUUUCAUCUGCCAAAAAAGAAAAUGAAGAGCUUUAAAGAUUACUUUCGCAAUAACCCAACAGGUAUACUGACGCUGAAGGAGAUGACGAACGCUGAUACUGAAUCUUCGGACAAAACCUCGCCUCCUACCAUUGGUCAUGCCGUCGUUUUGACCAGCUACAACAGCAAAUGCUUGAAAUUUAUGAAUUCCUGGGGACAAGAGUGGGGUGAUAAUGGAUUCUUUAGAGUGGAAAAUGCAGAAGUGCUUGGUGAUAAGCUGGAAUUCUUUGACGUUUCCUGGGAUUGGGACAAAGCGACUGAAGGAGAAAAGGAGUAUUACCGGAAACAUGCUGCUGAAGUAGCUGCAAAGCUGAUGAGCUCGUUGAAAGGUUUGCAAAACGCAGAAUACACGUGCCCAAAAUGCGAGAAAAAAUCGUUAGUUACCGAGUUUGAAGGAACGUUGUCGAAAGCCCUUUGCCCUAAAUGCCAGAGUGAAUUUUCUACGAAUGAUAAAAAGGGAAACAUCGUCGCACUAAACGUGUACUUGGCAUCUUUGAGCAAUUGAACGUGCUCUCUUUAAAUUACAAUUGAUGAUUGCAUAAGAGAAUGACUGUAUUCCAAUAAAACUUAUAUGUUGAAGCACUUUAUUGGGAUUUACAUUAUUAGUAUACAAGCAUGUGUAGGAGCAUACAUACCGUUUUCUGGUUUUCAAAAAUGAAAUUAAUAACCACACAAAGACUGCAUUCACGACCUUAGUAACGUUUCGGCAACCAGUCUAGUGUCUUCAUCAGAGGUGAUCUGAUGUUGAACGUUGAACCUAUAUAUGCCCCAACAUGACGUCAUCUGCCAGUGAGAUGUAAGUAGCUUCCGGACCGUCAUCUCUUUCAACAUCAGAUCACCCCUGAGAAUCCAAGAUCGGAGUGCGGCGAUGACUUUCAUUUUUUAAAACCAGUGUAGCGAUUAUUACGGACUUAAAUUCAAAUACUUUUUGUCCAAGAUUGCAGUAUAAAGCCGCGUUUACACUACGUGCUUUGAUAUGGCCUGGACCAAGCCUAGGCCUAGAUGUGAACGUUAAUUGUUUAUCCGCCUUAGAACGGACUGGACCUGACCUGGGGCAAGAUUUUGGCAAUGUGCACAGGCUUUCCUGACAAAUUUUGAACUUAAUAGUUAUACUAUGAUUUGUGUAACAUAUAUAUAUAGUAUAUUACCACUUUUCGGCGUGUUUUGGGUCUUCUUCCAAGUAAUUUGUCAAUUACUUUGGCUAUCCGAUAUCAGCUACAAGGAAAACAGUGUGAACGUGGCACAUAUUACCUAGACUUGUCGAUCCUAGUCCUGGUCCAGGUCUGAAGUGUAAAUGCGGCUUAAAAUUGAUUAACGCGUUUACAAACAGGUCGUAUCGAAGCUUACUUGGGGGAGUGUGUAAUUAUUCUUUUAAUCAGUCUUAUGCCCGAAUGAUUGUCGUGAAAUAAACAAGUGAGGAACAAAAAUCUAAUCAGCAUUGGCAGAUGAUAAGCAUAUUCAAUUCAAAAUCAGUGAACCUGUGGGCAAAUACGAUAGAUUUGUAAAGUCAGGGUGAAUAGCUAGAAUCAGUUUAGAUUUAGUGAAUGAAUACAAGUUUACUUGAAUGUCACUGAACAGUCGUACUGCAUGCCGGUUUCUCUAAACUCUCUAUAUAAAGACCAAGUCCACUUGGCCAUGGAACAAAAACCAGCAUUCUUAAAUCAUUAACACGUCAUUACGUCAUAUUUUCAGUGUAUCAUUAUAAAAACAAGUUUGUAAAUACCUAUAUACUGUAUUUACUAAUUACUAUAUAUUUAUUUGUUUUGACAAACCCUGUCAUUGAUUUGUCAUUUUCUUCAUGAUCAAAUCGAUUUUGUAUGCUACAAAAUCCGCUAUUAUUAUAUCUAUUAAAGUGAAGUAGCAAAAUACUAAACGGGAUUGAUAUAUAAGAGUUCACUUUCAUACACCUUAUAUAUCAAUUAUUACA